UCGGUGUGUAGGAGCGGCCGGUUCCUCCCAGCAGCCACACCGUUUAGAAGCAGAGCUUUUCUUCACACAGCAGCAGCGGCACACACCGGAUAUUCAUCUCAUUAAAAACACUCACGGCUGGAAGCGGCGAGAGAAGAAGGACUCUUUCCUGGCUCGGUUAUCCCUCCCCGUCCCGCCUCUCUGAUUUGGGUCGUCUUUGCUCUUUUUCCCCCCAUUUUUAUUUUUUAUUUUUGUACAUUUUUGCCUGUGACAGUUUCUCCGUGGCGCACUCAGGUUUCUUUUGCUGACAUGGUAGAUUAUCACGCUGCCAAUAACCAGUCGACCGUCGGCGGGGCGCAGACGUACAUGGAGCAGGAGAACGACUGGGACCGUGACCUGCUGCUGGACCCGGCCUGGGAGAAGCAGCAGAGGAAGACGUUCACGGCGUGGUGCAACUCCCACCUGCGGAAGGCCGGCACGCAGAUCGAAAACAUAGAGGAGGACUUCAGGGAUGGGCUCAAACUCAUGCUGCUGCUCGAGGUCAUCUCCGGCGAACGGUUACCCAAACCUGAAAGAGGCAAGAUGAGGGUCCACAAGAUCAACAAUGUAAACAAAGCCCUGGACUUCAUCGCCAGCAAGGGAGUCAAGCUGGUGUCUAUUGGAGCAGAGGAAAUCGUGGAUGGAAACGCCAAGAUGACCCUGGGAAUGAUCUGGACCAUCAUCCUCCGCUUCGCCAUCCAGGACAUCUCUGUAGAAGAGACCUCUGCCAAAGAGGGUCUACUCUUGUGGUGCCAGAGGAAGACGGCUCCCUACAAGAAUGUCAAUGUGCAGAACUUCCACAUUAGCUGGAAGGACGGUCUUGCCUUCAACGCUCUGAUCCACAGACACAGACCUGAUCUCAUCGACUACGACAGCCUCAGAAAGGAUGAUCCUGUAACCAACCUGAACAACGCCUUUGAGGUGGCUGAGAAGCACCUGGACAUCCCCAAGAUGUUGGACGCAGAAGACAUCGUGGGCACGCUGAGGCCGGAUGAGAAGGCCAUAAUGACCUAUGUUUCCUGCUUCUAUCACGCCUUCUCUGGCGCACAGAAGGUGAGCUCCUCACCCGUCAGACUCACAUUAACACUCAGCCAAGAAAAACCCUUGACGCUGAGAUGUUCCUGUCUGCAGGUCCAAGAGAAAUGCCAGCUGGAGAUCAGCUUCAACACUCUGCAGACUAAACUGAGACUCAGCAACAGACCUGCCUUCAUGCCGUCAGAAGGACGCAUGGUGUCGGACAUCAACAAAGCGUGGCACAAUCUGGAAGGAGCAGAGAAAGGCUACGAGGAGUGGAUCCUCAGCGAGAUCAGGCGUCUGGAGAGACUGGAGCAUCUGGCCGUCAAGUUCCACCAGAAGUGCGCCAUCCAUGAAUCCUGGACCGACGGUAAGGAGGCCAUGCUUACCCAGAAAGACUACGAGACGUGCACCCUGUCAGAAGUCAAGGCGCUGCUCCGGAAACACGAGGCCUUUGAGAGCGACCUGGCCGCCCACCAGGACAGAGUGGAGCAGAUCGCCGCCAUCGCGCAGGAGCUCAAUGAACUGGACUACUACGAUGCCGCCAGUGUCAACGCUCGCUGUCAGAAGAUCUGCGAUCAGUGGGACGUCCUGGGAGCCCUCACCCACAAACGCAAAGAGUCACUGGAGAGGACAGAGAAGCAGCUGGAGUCGAUAGAUGAGCUGUACCUGGAGUACGCCAAGAGAGCGGCACCUUUCAACAACUGGAUGGAGGGAGCUAUGGAGGACCUGCAGGACAUGUUCAUCGUCCACAAUAUUGAGGAGAUCCAGGGUCUGAUCACAGCCCACGAGCAGUUCAAGUCCACCCUGCCCGAGGCCAACAAGGAGCGCGAGGCCAUCCAGUCCAUCCAGUCCGAGGUGCAGAAGAUCGCCCAGAGCAACGGCAUCAAGCUGAGCAGCGGAAACCCGUACACCUCCAUCACACCUGAGAGCAUCAACAGCAAGUGGGAACAGGCGAUGGCUAUGGUGCCACUGCGUGACAACGCCCUGCAGGAAGAGCUGAACAAGCAGAACUCCAACGACACUCUGAGAGCCACGUUCGCCACUCAGGCCAACACGGUUGGCGCUUACAUCCAGGCCAAAAUGGAGGAAAUUGGCAGGAUAUCCAUCGAAAUGAACGGCACCCUGGAGGACCAGCUGACCAACCUGAAGGAAUACCAGAAGAGCAUCAUAUCAUACACGCCCGAAAUUAACAAGCUGGAGGGAUACCACCAACACAUCCAGGAGGCGCUCAUCUUCGACAACCAGUACACUUCCUACACGAUGGAGCACCUCCGGGUGGGCUGGGAGCAGCUGCUCACCACCAUCGCCAGAACCAUCAACGAGGUCGAGAACCAGAUCCUGACACGUGACGCCAAGGGCAUCAGCCAGGAGCAGCUGUACGAGUACCGCGCCUCCUUCAACCACUUUGACAAGGACCACAGCGGGGCCCUGAUGGCCGAGGAGUUCAAGGCCUGUUUGAUCAGUCUGGGCUACGAUGUGGAGAAGGACAAGCAGAAGCGAUCAGGACAGAUGAUGUCAGAUGAUUUCCGGGCUCUACUCAUUUCUACAGGAAACAGCCUGGGCGAAGCCGAAUUUAAUCGCAUCAUGGGUAUAGUGGACCCCAACGGCAGCGGCGCCGUCACCUUCCAGGCCUUUAUCGACUUCAUGUCCACAGAAACGACCGACAGGGACACCGCGGACCAGGUCAUCGCCUCCUUCAAGAUCCUGGCUGCUGAUAAGAACUACAUCACAGCUGACGAGCUGAGGCGGGAGCUCCCUCCAGACCAGGCGGAGUACUGCAUCGCCCGCAUGGCACCCUACACGGGGCCCGACGCUGUCCCCGGAGCCCUCGACUACAUGUCCUUCUCCACCGCCCUGUAUGGAGAGAGCGACCUGUAGAGGAGGCGAGACGAGGAGGAGGGCUGGACAGAUGAGGGGAGGGAGAGGGAGGUAGAGGAGACGCCAUGAGUCGAGCGCUGGGAAGAAUUUUGAGUGGUGGUCACGAUGUGCCCCCGCGAGUGCCGGUUUAGAAAUCGUUAAGAGCUUGCUGAUUGAGCUGUAGUUCUCGUGGUUUGGCCUCCGGCCCCACUGUCGCAGAAGGAUGUUCAGCAUCAUUGUCAUAAAGGUUUAUUUGAACGGGCACAUCUGGGGGCGUCUGUGGGACGGGGGGCAGAGUUGCUCUGUAGUGCGGGUCCUUAGCUUCACCCUCUCUGCCUUCAUGGGGUUUAAACAGGGGGAGGGACGGGGGGUUAGGAUUAUGGGGGGGCACAAGCUAAUCUGAUACUUAUGCUAAUUUUUGUUUAUUUUAUUAUAAUUUUUCUUCUUUUUGCCGGGCGGGGGUCCAGGGCGUGUGGGGGGGUGGGGUUUGAUGUGGCGACUGGCAAGUUUUGUGUAUUAGAUCCUGGAGAGAUUUAUGCUGCGGGGUCAGGGGUCAGAAGGGUGGGAUGGAGGAGUUGACCAACCAGAGAUAAAAUGACCUAUUUACCCAUAAUUCCCACGUUGCUGGAUAAGGUGACCUGUCUAACCUCAGCUCUUUUCCUCUUCCUGUCUGCGUUUCUUUUUUUUUUCCCCCCUUUUUUUUCUUUCUCAUUCGUUUUCUGGACCAGGUGGGUGGUGGGAGGUGGGGGUGGGCGGGGCUUAGCGCUGUACAUACUUAUUUUUUCAGUCUGAAGAAUGACACACAGCCGUUGAGAGUAAUCAACCGCAGGCCUUUCAGUAGGGCAAAGUAGACGUUUAUUAUUAAAAAGAUAAUAAAGAAAAUGAAACAAGAAAACAGAGAAAUUUAAAAGCAGUUUCACCAGUGGAUAGGUUUGAGCUUCCAGAAGUCUUUUCUUCAGGUUUUAUAUUUUAAUUUUGGCCAAACUAACCAUGGAAAAGUUGACCUAAAGGCCUUCUCCUGUAUUAAAUCCAUGAUGAGCAACAGCAUAAUAAUUACAAAUAUCUGCUUCUGUGAAAUGAUUCCUCUGUUAGGCAUCGGGUGCUUGUUUAAGUACGAAAACCACACAUUUAUAUAAAAGUUUAGACUGUAUUAGUCAAAGUUAGUCGAGUUUCAUCUGCCUGACAUACAUACGCGGGAUGUCACGGAUCCGUUUGAUUGGCCGAAUGAAGGUUCGUGAGGGGGAAGGUGAAAGUAUUUAAUAGAUAAGCGUGCCUGUUGGUGGCUACAGCCCUGUUCCCUCCUCUAUCUCUCUCCCCCUCACUUUCUCCCCCCUCCUUCCCCUCACUUGU